GGUUCUGAACGUUUUGGCUCUUUCUCCACUAGCAAGCAACCUUACAAUGUACCCCAAUUGCUCUUCUUUCUAAUUUUAGAGGGAUUUAUCAAUUUAUACACUUAUGCAAUUUAAACACAUCGCUCAAUUGGGAUUUUAUCUACCAAGUCGCUAUCUCGGAUUGGUUUUAUAACGCUUUAUUGUGACGAUAUUAUAGAGAAUAGCGGAGCAGUAGGAGAACCCAUAUAAGGAGCACUGGAGAGAAGACACCCCUUGUGUGAUCUGGAUAUUUAAGGUGAAGACGUAAUAUUGGCAUUGCCAGUCAAUCUGAAUGACAGUCGGUCACAUGGUGCUGAGAGUCUGGGAUUACACCCCUACAGAACAGAUUGGAGAAGAUAGACCUGCUGCUGUGGCCAGUGUCCAGUGUGCUGACCUCAUGGUGUAACCCGGUGUAAAGAUGAGCAUAAGCAGUGAUGAGGUCAACUUCCUGGUGUACAGAUACUUACAGGAGUCAGGGUUUUCCCACUCUGCGUUCACGUUUGGCAUAGAGAGCCACAUCAGCCAGUCCAACAUCAACGGCGCGCUAGUGCCCCCUGCUGCUCUCAUCUCCAUCAUCCAGAAGGGCCUGCAGUACGUGGAGGCUGAGGUCAGCAUCAAUGAGGAUGGAACGCUGUUUGACGGGCGGCCCAUCGAGUCUCUGUCGCUCAUCGACGCGGUGAUGCCCGACGUGGUCCAGACACGCCAGCAGGCAUACCGUGACAAGCUGGCCCAGCAGCAGACGGCCUCCGGACCCCCGGCCUCGGGGGGGAACCUGCAGGGGAACCCCAAGAACGGAGAGAACACGUCCAACGGGGAUGAAAACGGAGCCCACGCCUUAGCUAACAACCAUGCAGACAUGAUGGAGGUGGAUGGGGAUGUGGAGAUCCCACAGAACAAGGCCAUGGUCCUGAGAGGACACGAGUCAGAGGUCUUCAUCUGCGCAUGGAACCCUGUCAGUGACCUGCUCGCCUCCGGGUCUGGGGACUCGACGGCCCGUAUCUGGAACCUGAGUGAGAACAGCACAUCUAGCUCCACCCAGCUGGUGCUGCGCCACUGCAUCCGGGAGGGGGGCCAGGAUGUCCCUAGCAACAAGGACGUCACGUCGCUAGACUGGAAUAGUGAAGGUACACUACUGGCCACAGGCUCAUAUGACGGCUUCGCCAGGAUAUGGACAAAAGAUGGUAACCUGGCCAGCACAUUAGGCCAACACAAAGGCCCCAUCUUUGCCUUGAAGUGGAAUAAGAAAGGCAAUUUCAUCCUUAGUGCCGGUGUCGAUAAGACUACAAUCAUCUGGGACGCUCACACAGGAGAAGCCAAGCAGCAGUUUCCCUUCCACUCAGCACCUGCCCUAGAUGUGGACUGGCAGAGCAACAACACGUUUGCGUCCUGCAGCACAGACAUGUGCAUCCACGUAUGUAAGCUGGGCCAGGACCGGCCCAUCAAGACAUUCCAGGGACACACAAAUGAAGUUAAUGCAAUCAAAUGGGACCCAACUGGUAACCUGCUGGCCUCCUGCUCAGACGACAUGACCCUCAAAAUCUGGAGCAUGAAGCAGGACUCGUGUGUCCACGACCUGCAGGCCCACAGUAAGGAGAUCUACACCAUCAAGUGGAGCCCCACGGGGCCUGGGACCAACAACCCCAACGCCAACCUGAUGCUCGCCAGCGCGUCGUUCGACUCGACCGUGCGCCUGUGGGACGUGGACCGGGGCAUCUGCAUCCACACGCUGACCAAACACCAGGAGCCCGUCUACAGCGUGGCCUUCAGCCCCGACGGGCGUCACCUGGCCAGCGGCUCCUUCGACAAGUGUGUCCACAUCUGGAACACCCAGACUGGUGCUUUAGUUCACAGUUACAGAGGGACAGGGGGCAUAUUUGAGGUGUGCUGGAACGCAGCAGGAGAUAAAGUGGGAGCCAGUGCGUCAGAUGGAUCUGUUUGUGUAUUAGACCUUCGGAAAUAGUUCUGCUGCUUGUUGGAAGCCAUGGACCGACUAUGAAUGUGUACAUAGCCAAAAUGACUGUCCCUGCCCCAUGUACUGCUCACUCACGCCCCCCAGACCCAUGGCCGGCCCACUACAGACAGGAAGCAGGAAGCAGGAACAGGAAACGAGCACCCGACACAGCAGGUCCAGCAGGAAGGAAGGAAGGAGGUGUCUAUUUGUGCAGAGACUCCUAACAGAGACAUGAAAAAGGACACAGACACAAAAAAAGAAAAAAAAAACAAGAAAAAAAAAAGAAAAAACAGAUCCGUAUAUGUACCAAAAUUUGAAAGCUAUUUUGCUUUUUUGAUCUUUAAAAACCAUGCUCAUCAAAACAAAAACACAAAAAAAAGA